GGGGCUGACGUGCGCGGGGCAAGCUGUGUCAACACAAGAGUACCGUGCUCGGAAUACACAGCACCGACAUCAGAAGUUCUCCCCUCCUCCUUCAGGACUCCUGCUCGAGCAUCGUUUCCCACCAUGUCGAAAACGGUCAACAUCUCCUCUCCCUCGCAACUUAGCGAAGUCCUGCAAGCUUCGCGGCUGGUAGUGGCAGAUUUUUAUGCCGACUGGUGCGCACCUUGUCACCAGGUCGCCCCGAUCUUCGAGCAGCUCUCGAGUGCGCUUUCCCGACCGAACCUCGUGACCUUCGUGAAGGUCAAUACCGACCAGCAGAAGGACGUGGCCCAGGCCUACAGAGUUACGUCGCUACCGACCUUUAUCGUGUUCCGCAAUGGCAAGGUCGCCGAAAGAGUCCAGGGCGCGGACCCUCUGAAGCUGCAGGCUGUGGUCCAGAAGCUCACCAACGAAAUCGAGAACCUGAAGGCGGGUGACGGGGAAGCGGGCGGCAGUGGCAGCGGCGACGCAGAGGCUAACUGGAGGGGUGCUGAGCUGCCCCGCGGCUACGGUGAUAUCACGGAUCAGAUCGAGCUCAAGCGCUGUGAGCUCUUGAAUGUCGACCCGGAUACUGGGAGCGUGCGCGUGUUAUUUGAUGGCGCAAAGCCCAGCGCGCUGUCGGGCCAGAAGAGUUCGGCCAAGGACUGGGUUGAGAGCGAUACAGACGAGCAACUGCUGCUCUUCACGCCUUUCCAGUCGAUGCUCAAGCUGCACACUCUCCAGAUCACAUCCCUACCUCCCAGCGAUUCAGCCGACGACGACGACGUGCCCAUGAGGCCGCGCACUAUCAAGCUCUUCACGAAUAAGCCGCACAAUUUGGGGUUUGACGAAGCGGAGGAUCUGAGCGCGACGCAAGAAAUUCAGCUAUCCGAGAAGGACUGGAAUGCGGAGGGCACUGCGAAUAUUCCGCUGCGGUUUGUCAAAUUCCAGAACAUCACCAGUUUGGUGUUGUUCGUCGUGGAUGGAGAUGGCGACGGCCAGAAGACGAGGCUUGAUCGGCUGAGGUUGAUUGGAGAGGCCGGCGAGAAGAGGGAGAUGGGCAAGCUGGAGAAGAUCGGCGAUGAGCCUGGAGAGUAGACGGGUGGCGGGCGGAUCUAGACCCGUCCGCCCGCUGAAAGGGGCUGGAUGAUGAACGAUGAGGAGGAUCAGGACGCAUAGACACA